GGGAGGCGGCGGGACCCCCGCACCGGCACCGGCACCGGCACCGGGACCCGGCAGGGCCCGCCCGGCACCGCCACAGCCACAGCCACAGCCACAGCCACAGCCACAGCCCAAGGGCCGCGAGCUCUUCAGGACCCAGCGCAAGGAGUCCGAGGGCUCCGUGGAUUGUCCCAGCCUGGAGUUCGAGUACGGGGAUGCCGACGGGCACGGCGCCGAGCUGGCAGAGCUCUACAGCUACACUGAGGAGCCCGAGCUGAGCCACAACAGGAGAUGCUUCGAGGAGGAUUUCCACGCUCAAGUGCCAGGCAGGAGGUGGCUGGAGCUGGACGGGGCCCAGCAGAAGGCCUUUGUCAUGCGCCUGCUGGACGGGCUGGAGGUGGUCAACAGGGACAGGAGGCUCAGGGUGGCCCGGGCCAUCCUCUACCUGGCACAGGGUGUGUUUGGGGACUGCGAUAGCGAAGGCGAUGUCCUGCACUGGUCUCGGCACAACAGCUUCCUGCUCUACCGCCUGGGCACCUUCUCCGCCUUCCUGGAGCUGCUCAACAUGGAGAUCGAGAACAGCCAGGCCUGCAGCAGUGCCCUGCGGAAGCCGGCCAUCUCCCUGGCCGACAGCACGGAGCUCAGGGUCCUGCUCAGUGUGAUGUACCUGCUGGUGGAGAACAUCCGCGUGGAGCAGGAGACGGAUCCGCCCGAGUGGAAAACCUGCCGGGAGACCUUCAGGAUGGAGCUGAGUUUCCCCGUGCACACGGAGGAGCCCUUUGCUCUUCUGCUCUUCACGAUGGUGACCAAGUUCUGCAGCGGCCACGCUCCACAUUUCCCCAUGAAGAAGGUCCUGCUCCUGCUCUGGAAGGUGCUCCUGUUCACGCUGGGCGGGUUUGAGGCCCUGCAGGCCAUGAAGGUUCGGCGGCGGGAGGAGCUGGGGCUGCCCCCCCUGCCCGAGGACAGCAUCCAGGUGGUCCGGAGCAUGAGGGCGGCCUCCCCUCCCACCUACUCCAUCGAGCUGGUGGAGCAGCAGCAGCAGAAACGGGGCCACCGCAGCCGCAGGCCCCUGGUGAAACAGGACAGCUUGGACAUCUACAACGAGAGAGACCCCUUCAAGAACGACGAGGCAGGAGUGGAUGAGGAGGAGAACGAUGACGUGGACAGCGGGAUCGAGGGGGAGCUGGACCUGCUGGAGAGGGACACGAUGGUCCCCCCAUUGCCCCCCCAGCGCCCGCCCAUCGAGAGGGUGUCCUUCCCCAAGGGGCUGCCCUGGGCCCCCAAAGUCAGACAGAAGGACAUCGAGCAUUUCCUGGAAGCAAGCAGGAACAAAUUCAUCGGAUUCACGCUGGGACAGGACACCGAGACCCUGAUCGGGCUCCCACGGCCCAUCCAUGAAAGUGUGAAGACUCUGAAGCAGCACAAGUACGUUUCCAUCUCGGACAUCCAGAUCAAGAACGAGGAGGAGCUGGAGAAGUGCCCCAUGUCUCUGGGGGAGGAGGAAGUCCAAGAAACCCCCUGUGAGGUCUUGUAUCGAGCCAUGUUGUACAACCUGCCCCAGUACAUGAUAGCUCUGCUGAAGAUCCUGCUGGCUGCUGCCCCCACCUCCAAGGCCAAGACCGACUCCAUCAACAUCCUGGCAGACGUGCUGCCCGAGGAGAUGCCCAUCACCGUCCUGCAGAGCAUGAAGCUGGGCAUGGACGUCAACAGGCACAAGGAGAUCAUCGUCAAGAGCAUCUCGGCCUCGCUGCUGCUGCUCCUCAAGCACUUCAAGCUCAACCACAUCUACCAGUUCGAGUACGUGUCCCAACACCUGGUGUUUGCCAACUGCAUCCCCCUGAUCCUCAAGUUCUUCAACCAGAACAUCAUGUCCUACAUCACUGCCAAGAACAGUGUCUCCGUCCUGGAUUACCCUCACUGCACGGUGUGUGACCUGCCCGAGCUGACAGCAGAGAGCCUGGAAGCUGGAGACAACAACCAGUUCUGCUGGAGGAAUCUGUUCUCCUGCAUCAACCUGCUGAGGAUCCUCAACAAACUGACCAAGUGGAAACACUCCAGGACAAUGAUGCUGGUGGUGUUCAAGUCGGCGCCGAUCCUGAAGCGGGCGCUGAAGGUGAAGCAGGCCAUGCUGCAGCUCUACGUGCUCAAGCUGCUCAAGAUCCAGACCAAGUACCUGGGGCGCCAGUGGAGGAAGAGCAACAUGAAGACCAUGUCGGCCAUCUACCAGAAGGUGCGGCACCGCAUGAACGACGACUGGGCCUACGGCAACGACAUCGACGCCAGGCCGUGGGAUUUCCAGGCUGAGGAGUGCACCCUGCGGGCCAGCAUCGAGGCCUUCAACAGCCGGCGCUACGAGCGCGCGCGGCCCCCCGAGCUGUGCCCCGUGGACAACUGCCUGCAGAGCGUGCUGGGCCAGCGCCUCGACCUGCCCCGAGACUUCCACCUCUCCUACGAGCUGUGGCUGGAGCGGGAGGUGUUCUCCCAGCCCAUUCGCUGGGAGGAGCUGCUGCACUGCCAGUGACGCGGCCCCGCCGAGGCCUCCUGGGGCGGCAGGGGGGGUUUGGGCAUGGGGGGGUCUCCAGAGUGCUCUUCCCAAAGAGAGCAAACCUCUCCUUGUGUGCCCAGACACGGCCCAGGUGCCGCCUUUUUGGAGGCCACCCCUUUGCUGUGGCUCCUCGGAGCGACACCAGAGGCCUUGGGGCGGCCCCGGCAUCCAGGGGCUGUUGUGACCUUUCAGUAUGGUUCGUUUGUCCUGGUUUUCUGGGUUUUUGGGGGUUUAGGAACCCGGAAUAAGCUCACUCAUGUGGUCUGGGCCGCAGCCCCAGGGCAGUCCCUCAGCUGGGAUCAUGCUGGUGGGUUUGGUGUUGCCGUUCCCAGUGGGAAAGGUUCCCGUCUCUCCCCAAUUCUCCCCGGCUGGACCUCCUCCGUUUGAUGUGCUCCAAACCCCUCCUGGCCCUCAGCAGCUGCGGGGAAGGCGUCAGGAGCAGGGAUGGUCACUCUGGCACCAUCAGUUGGGAUGUCUCCAACCAAGCUGGCUUGGCCAACGUCCCCUGCUGUCCCUGGGAUCCGUGACCCAGCUCCCAGAGGGCCGAUUCCACGAGUGACAAUUGUUGCAUGUUCAGUCCCACUGCCCUCCCACUGCCUCUCCUUCCUCCACCGUGCCCUUCCCUCCCUCUUGGCCAGCAGCGACCCCCGGGCCGUGCUGUGCCGCGUUCUGGGCCGCGUUCUGGGCCGUGCUGUGCCGCGUUCUGGGCCGUGCUGUGCCAUGUUCCGGGCCGUGCUGUGCCGCGUUCUGGGCCGCGUUCUGGGCCGUGCUGUGCCAUGUUCUGGACCGUGCUGUGCCGCAUCCCGGGGCUGUGGAGGAGGGUUUUGAAGGACAAUUCCUCCAGCACUGGCAUUCCAGGUUGCUCUUCAGCCCUUGCAGCCCUGGAGGAGGGAGCAGUGCACUGAACAACCUGCUUUCCCCACGGAUUUGGGGUGAUCCGGGGGAAUGUCCAUGCCAGGUCCGACGGGGGGAGGGAAAGUGCUUUGCUUGACGUGGGGGAAGGAGGGGACAGCAGGGCUCGUGGUUCUCGUGAUGAGCAGCGCGUAAAGCUGUAAAUUGUCUCUGAUUUAAUAAAGGAAGAGUUAAAUUUAAUAACAAAGCUCCCCUGGGGUGAGGCUGUGCUGCAGGGGAGGGAUUGUCCAGGCGUUGGGUGCUCACCCAGCGGGCUGUGUUUGUCAAUAAAUCCAACCCAGGAGUUUGGGACGAGGGGAUUUGAGGCCUUUUUUUGCAGUGGAAUCCACCGGGAAUGUUUCCCUGCUGGGCUCUGUCCAAGGUGUUCCUCGUGGAAGUGCCAUGAAACCCUGGGAAAAACCUUUCUGAACGUGCUUUUGUCCAGAAUAACCCAGAGCUGCUUGGAAAGGGCUUCUCUUCAGUUCACCUUUUUCUUCCCAGGCCUUGAUUUAAAUGCUUCUUUUCCUCCUUUUUUUUUUCUUCUUUUAAUUUUUAAAGGGCAAAACCCUCCCCAGCCCUGCCCACAUCCCCAGUAUGUCAGAAAAAAAUAAACAGUAGAUACACAAAGUACAUUUCUCUAUAUUUCAUAUUUAAAUUCUGCUUU